GUGAUCCGGCGCAGAGCUACAGCGACAGGCGGCCGGGAGCUGCGCAGGGAUACACGGCCGAGCGAAGUUUCUAUCAACUAUGGCGCUGCGCGGAUUCAACCUCUUCGCUUUUUUAGUCGUUAACGGAGUAUUUUUGAGCCGUCAGUCCAAAGAAGAAGUCUUGUUGGACAUGAGAUCUUUAGGAUCCGAGCUGGGAUGGUUGACCCUUCCAUAUGAGAACGGGUGGGAGAUUGUGCAGACGGUGGUGAAUGGCUCCCCCUUAUACACCUACAGCGUCUGUAACGUAGACUCUAGUGACCAGGAUAACUGGUUGCGCACCACCUUCAUCCAGCGGCGCUCCGGGGCCAGCCGCGUCUCGGUGGAGCUGCAGUUUGUGGUGCGGGACUGCAACACCUUUGGCAGCAGCUCGGUCGCCUGCAAGGAAACCUUCAACCUCUUCCUCGCCGAAGCUGACGCCGACGUCGGCACCAACUUCCGCAAGGGCCAGUUCAGGAAAGUGGCCACCAUCGCGCCUGAUGAGAUCACCCAGGGGAACGUCCUGAAGGUCAACACCGAGACAAAGACCGUGGGCUCGCUGUCCAAGAAAGGCUUCUACCUGGCCUUUCAGGACAUGGGUGCCUGCGUGGCGCUGCUGUCGGCCCGCGUCUACUACAAGACCUGCCCGUCCACCGUGCAGAGCCUGGCGGUCUUCCCGGAGACGGUGGCGGACUCUCUGAGGGAAGUGGAAGGCGUUUGUGUGGAGAACGCCAUCGGUCAAGCCACCCCACGCAUCUACUGCAGCGCUGAGGGGGAUUGGGUGGUUCCAGUGGGGCAGUGCCAAUGUCUCCCAGGUUAUGAAACCACAGCGGACUCGUGCCAAGAAUGCAAACCAGGUUACUUCAAGUCCUCUGUCUCUCUUGCGUCGUGUCAAGUUUGUCCUCGAAACACAAAGCCGUCCUCAGCCGGUGCCACCGAGUGUCAGUGUGAGGACGGGUUCUUCCGCUCGCCUUCAGACCCCCCAACGUCCCCCUGCUCCGCUCCGCCCAGUGCUCCUCGCGACCUCACUGCCACCACCCUGUCUGGGGAGGGACGCCUGCUGCUGUCCUGGAGUCCCCCGCUGGUGACCGGCCACCGCCCCGACCUGACCUACAGCGUGGCGUGCAGCAUCUGUGACGGGACGGCAUGCUCCACCUGCGGCGAGAGGAUUCGCUUUGAAACGGACCCCGCAGAGCUCCGGGAGACCAACAUCAUCAUCAGUGACCUGGAUUCCCACCUCAACUACACCUUCACUGUGGAGGCUCACAGCGGAGUCUCCCAGUUUGACCCCGAAAGAGCUUCUGCCACCGUCACCGCUGCUCUGGACUACACAGACCCCCCCAAAGUGACGUCGAUCCAUCUGGAGAAGAGUGGUCCCACCAGCCUGUCUCUGUCCUGGAGUCUGUCCCGCAGACCUCCAGCCCACAUCAGUCACCGCUACGAGCUCAUGUACCGCCGAAAAGAAGCUGAAGGGGAACGCGAUGUGACCACCUACACAGUACGAAUCCUGGACAAGAGCUUUGUUCAGAUCACCGACCUGACCCCCGACACCACCUACAUCUUUAAGGUGCAGGCGCUGAGUCCUGAAGGCACUCCAGGGAGCUUCAGCACGGAGCACGAGUUUCACACGUCACCUCUGGCUGAGCCUCAGAUCCAGAACAGCUCCACGGCGGUUUUGGGGGCUGUGGUUGGUGUGGCGGUGAUCCUGCUGGCAGUGUUGGCGUUCGUGGUGCUGCGAAGGAGGAGACUGAGCUCUCGUGGCAGACGAGGAGCCGAGGAUCCUUACUUCUCCACGGACCAACUGAAGCCUCUGCAGGCUUACGUCGACCCGCAUACCUACGAAGACCCCAACAUCGCCAUCCAAAAGUUUGUUACAGAGAUCGACCCAAACGCCAUCGCCAAGCACAAAGUCAUCGGCGUGGGAGAGUUUGGGGAAGUGUUUCGAGGCGUGAUGAAGACUCAGGGCAAAGGGGAAGUGACAGUCGCCAUCAAGACCCUGAAGCCGGGCUACUCUGAGAAGCAGAGGCAGGACUUCCUGAGCGAGGCCAGCAUCAUGGGGCAGUUCUCACACCCAAACAUCAUCCACCUGGAGGGAGUCGUCACCAAAUGUGAGCCAACACUUAGAGGUGGAGUAGCAGUUCAGACGUAUGACUUUUUUCUCUGCUUUUAUUUCAACAACAGUAUUUUUUAUUUUAUUUUUUUAGUCAAGCACGCCAUGAUAGUGACAGAAUACAUGGAGAACGGAGCUCUGGAUACGUACCUUAAGGACCACGAUGGCGAGAUGUCUCCAUACCAGCUGUUGGGGAUGCUGCGAGGGAUAGCUGCUGGCAUGAAGUAUCUGUCGGACAUGAGCUACGUCCACCGAGACCUGGCCGCCAGAAACGUUCUGGUCAACAGCAACUUGGAGUGCAAAGUGUCCGACUUUGGCCUGUCGCGUGUUCUGGAGGACGACGCCGAGGGCACCUACACGACCAGAGGGGGUAAGAUUCCGAUCCGCUGGACCGCCCCAGAGGCCAUCGCGUACAGGAAGUUCACUUCAGCAAGCGACGUGUGGAGCUUCGGCAUCGUCAUGUGGGAAGUCAUGGCAUUUGGGGAACGGCCCUACUGGGACAUGAGCAACCACGAGGUCAUGAAGGCAAUCAACGAGGCGUUCCGGCUUCCCGCCCCCAUGGACUGUCCGUCCGCCAUCUACCAGCUCAUGCUGCAGUGCUGGCAGCAGGACCGCGCCAUCCGACCGCGCUUCGCAGACAUCGUCAACAUUUUGGACAAACUUCUCCGAAGCCCAGAGUCCCUGAAAACCAUAGCAGACUUUGACCCACGCGUCUCGAUCCGCCUACCCAGCACCAGCGGCGGUGACGGCACCAUGUUCAGGUCCGUAACCGAGUGGCUGGAAUCCAUCAAGAUGAGUCAGUACAAGGAAAGCUUCGCCCGCGCCGGGAUAACCACCAUGGAGCAGGUGCUCGCUCUGAGGCACGAGGACAUCAGGAACAUCGGCGUGCGGCUGCCCGGUCACAUGAAGAGGAUCGCAUACAGCAUCUUAGGCCUGAAAGACGAGAGCAGCUCCCUCAGCGUGUUUGCCGUGUGAUCUAAAGCAUUCCUCCAAACCAAAGUGCACUGAAGCACCACACCAUUUCACUCACGGCUGACAAGGACUAAAGCAGGAGAAGGGGGGGGGGGGGGACCUCCCUAAAGGGAUUUUUGUAUUUAUGUGGCAAAGGAUCACAGAGGACUUAAAGGAAUAUUUGUACUUUAUGAAACCUUUUUUUAUAAAUCAAGGAAAAGUGCUGAGCGCACGUAUAGUUUAUAAAUCAGUGCAACCGUGCGCCUGUACUCACUGAAUGACUGAAAAGCUUCUUCCAUCUCUGGAUGCCGGAGCGUCUGGAUCUUUCUGUUUCUGUGAUCCACGAGGCGAAGGAUCCCGGAGUUGUUGUUCCUCUCAGGGCAAAGAAUCACACAUUCUGUUUUGCUGUUUGUGUCUUUCAUGUGUUUGUUUACAUCACCUCUUAAUGCAGUUCUGUCCAGUUUUUUAAUUUAAUAUUUAUUUUAUAUUUAUGUAAUUUGUUACUUUGAAAUGGAUCCACUACAUGUUUUCUAGGCAUAUUUGAAUAAAAUUAGCCUUUUGAAAAAGUUUA